UCACCUGUUGUACCAUUUGAUAAAACUAUUUACUUAAAUUUGUUGACAGAAAGAUGGCCUCUGCAAUCUUAUGCCAAUAUUCUUUUUGACUAAACAUUUUUAUGAUCCUCGUGUAUCGUGUAUACUCUGAAAACUUAAAACCAGUGUAGAAAUGGGCAACAUGUGUCCCUGCUCACAGAAACUUGGCAUUUCUGAAGCAUCCCUCAUGUUUUUGUUUGCACUAGGAUUUCUUAAGUGUGUUAAUAAAGUUUAAAAAGAUACAAGCUAGCGUAAUUAAGAUGUCUCCACAACUGUGCGUGAGAAAAAUCUGAUUGCCUAUGUUCUGGUACGCAGGUUUUUGAUUCCGGCCGACUUCCCCGAUGAUCGGCCCGUUUGUGAGCGCCUACACCUAAGUAUCGCGAGUCCGCCCUCCGCCAGGGGGCGCCCGUUGGCCGCACGCAGUCGCGAGGCGGCUCGAGGCGGGAGGUUGAAGCCGCGCGCUUGCGCGCUACCGCCUUCCAGCCGCCGCGUGCUGAUGACGUAAUCGCAGCGCGCGGGCCGAGCUCGCGCUGUGCGUGCGGUCGCGUUCCGGCAUGAAGGAGACGCCGCUGUCGAACUGCGAGCGGCGCUUCCUGCUGCGCGCCAUCCAGGAGAGGAAGCGGCUGGACGGGCGGCAGUGCUACGACUACCGCAAUGUGCGCAUCUCCUUCGGGCCCGAGCACGGCUGCUGCGUGGUGGAGCUGGGGAAGACCAGGGUUCUUGGGCAAGUCUCGUGUGAACUUGUUCCCCCGAAGCCAAAUCGGGCUACAGAAGGUAUACUCUUCUGUAACCUUGAGCUCUCACCGAUGGCUGCGCCUGGAUUUGAGCCUGGCAGGCAAUCUGAGUUAUUGGUGAAAGUGAACAGACUUAUAGAACGAUGUCUGAGAAAUUCCAAAUGUAUAGAUACUGAGUCCCUCUGCGUUGUUGCUGGUGAAAAGGUCUGGCAAAUUCGUGUGGAUCUGCACCUGUUAAAUCAUGAUGGUAACAUUAUUGAUGCUGCCAGCAUAGCAGGAAUCGUGGCCCUGUGCCAUUUUCGCAGACCAGAUGUUUCUGUGCAAGGGAAAGAAGUAACAGUGUACUCUCCUGAGGAACGUGAUCCUGUGCCCCUGAGCAUCCACCACAUGCCUAUUUGUGUGAGUUUUGCCUUCUUCCAGCGGGGGUCUUACUUGUUGGUGGAUCCAAAUGAACGAGAGGAACGUGUAAUGGAUGGCCUCCUUGUAAUUGCCAUGAAUAAACAUUGUGAAAUUUGUACCAUUCAGUCUAGCGGAGGGAUUAUGCUAUUAAAGGAUCAGGUUCUGAGAUGCAGUAAAAUAACAGCUGUUAAGGUUGCAGAAAUAACAGAAUUAAUUCAGAAAGCUUUGGAGAACGACCAGAAAGUUAGGAAAGAAGGUGGGAAGUUUGGCUUUGCAGAAUCUAUACCAAAUCAAAAGAUCACUGCCUUCAAAAUGGACAGUGCUGCUGUAGAUACCAACAAUGUGGAAGAACAAGCAGAAGAGAUCAUCACUAAAGCUGACCCUCCUUCAGAAGUUUUUGCCAAGCCAAUAUUGCACACUCCUGGCACAGCCCAAAUUGGGGAAGGAAUAGAGAAUGCCUGGGGAGACCUUGAGGAAUCUGAGAGGGAAGACGCAGCAGAAGAGGAAGGUGAAAGCAGUGCUACUGCUUUUGAAUGCCAGAGAACAGAAACAGAAGAUACAAAUACGAUGAGUGAAGCUAAAGAUGAACCUAUUGUACUGUCUGACAGUGAAGAGGAAGAAGUUGUCAUUCUGGAACCACAGGAAGAACCAAAGAAAACAAGAUAUUUGACUGGUCUUAAUCACUUCAGAAGGAACCAGAGCUUAAAGGUGAAUUUGAGCUGCCACAUUAUAACUAAUCUUAAGUUUUAUCUCAAGUAAGUUAGUUUUACCGUUGUAUCCUUACUUUAGCCAUGGUAACCAUCAUUGUAUUUAGAAUGCUUUCUAGAAACUGAACUUAGCACUGAACACAGUGAAUGGUUGUCCUGUUAAAGAUGACAAACCUGUUCUUUUGAGAUGGAACUCCAUAGUACAGUCAUUUGAUAAAGUGUUAUUUAC